UUUCGAUCACUGGCUCAUAAUCGGUCCCUCUCCCUCUGUUGGAAAAACCAAAAACAAAUACAAAAAAAUGGUUGCAGCAGUCAGCUGAAGCCCCCACAGAGACCUCCCAACCAAUCAUUCAGAAACACCUCUGAUCUGAUCUGCUUGUGCUUGUGCCUGUGCUUGCACUAGUUUUCGCUCCAAGCACAAGUCGGUCUGUUGAAGAGAUACAAAGAGAGAUAGAUAGAUUGGUUUGGGAAAGGAGGGGGAGGCAGGCAGGCGAGCUGAUGCUUUUGUGUCUGGUUCAGAAUGAAAGAGAGGAAGCAGUGAUCUUUCUUGGGUUUGGCUGAUGCCUUUGGGAAUUACUGUGUUCAGCAGUUGCACAAGAAGAAUAUGGAAUGGAAUACUUACUAAUCAUUCAUUCCCAACCUCAGCCGAGAUCUGCCCUUCUCUUCCCUUCCCUUUCUUCAUCCUCUCUAUCAGUUCGUUGAAUUUUCCUUAGGGUUAGGAAAGUUGGGGAGCCUUUCUGAGAUUCCUCACUUCACCUCACCUCAUCUCACCUCACCAUGUGUCAAAAAGUAUUCAGAUUCGCCCCCCCAAAUGUCUUAAUGCUCACCUGAUCAUAUCAAAUCCUCUCCUCCCCUCCCUCGCUUUCCCUAUAUUUCUGCCUCCCCCACCCUCAGUUUCUGCCUUGCCUUGUUCAUCCCAAUGAACCCUGCCUCCUAUCUCACCAAUUCAAACAACUGGCUGUUCGAAGGGAGUACCGUCGCCAAAUGGACGCCUGAGGAGAACAAAAGGUUUGAAAAUGCUCUCGCAUUAUUCGAUAAAGACACCCCCGACCGGUGGCACAAUGUGGCUUCCAUGAUUCCAGGGAAGACCGUCACCGAUGUAAUCAAACAGUACCGGGAACUGGUUGAAGAUGUCAGUGAUAUAGAAGCAGGCUUGAUCCCGAUUCCGGGCUACGCCAAUAAUUCAUUCACGUUGGAGUGGGUGAGCAACCAUGGCUAUGACGGCUUCAAACAGAUUUAUUGUCCGGGAGGGAAACGGACUCGGUGCUCCGACCAUGAGCGGAAAAAGGGUGUGCCCUGGACGGAGGAAGAGCACAGACAAUUUCUGUUGGGACUAAAGAAGUACGGAAAGGGAGACUGGCGAAAUAUCUCCCGCAAUUUCGUGACCACCAGGACUCCGACCCAGGUCGCUAGCCAUGCUCAAAAGUAUUUCAUCAGACAGCUUUCCGGAGGUAAAGACAAGAGAAGAUCAAGCAUACACGACAUCACCACCGUUAAUCUCGACGAAACAAUCAAGUCUCCCUCACCCGGUAAGGACCGGCCGCAAUCGCCACCGCAGAAAUCGAAUAUGAUUCUGCAGCCGCACCACCCAAAUUUGGGCGGCAAUGUUGUGGUGCGUGCAACCUACGAUUCUAACCUGACCAAUCCAGGAGCUGUCGUGGGGUUCUCCCCGCAGGAAGGCAGCUUAAUGAUCACUGGUCUUCAAGGAGCUUCUUCAUUUGGAGUGAAUCUGAACGAGCAUCAUCACGUGCAGGGUGUGGAUCAACGUGGGCUAUGGUCAGGACAUCCGGGCACAAUUUUUCAGAUGCAUCCUGCCACUCGGCAUAGUUAAUCCCCAAGCCCCUGCAUUCCGUGGCUAUGGUUAACAAUGGCUGGCUAGUAUGUUGUAGCUGCAUAUUCCAUAAGUUGUUGAAUCGGAAAUGUUAACUGCUACAGUUUGUUGGGGGCAUCGGGAUGGCAUUUUGCAGAUGAAGAUCGUGCUCUUCGAUACCAUUUUUAAAUGAUAAAGAAAAAAGCACGAGCUUGCCGAAGUAGCUUCGCCAAUCGAAUGACUUGCUUCCAAGCUCACAAGGUAAUUGAACAGGACUCAGGAAUGCUGUGUAGAUAUCAUUAUCAUUUCACAAUUUACAGAAAGGAAUUAAAACAUGUGAAACUGCCGGUUGUCCUGAUUGUAAUUCAUAUGUAUCAAUAAUAGUAUGGUUUUUCCUAGCAAUGCAUAUUUGUAUGUAUGUAUAUGUAUUAUCUUCCAUUUAUGGUCACUUUCCUAUUUAUCCGUUCA